CCGCAAACCACGUAAGCCCGCGCCCUGGCCGCUCCAGUGGUGCUGCGGGUAUAAAUUAUUCUGGCAAUGGAGCCAUGGACUGAGAGCUAGAAGCUAGGUAGUGAGACAUCUCUCUUCCCCGUGCACAUCUCCAUCUUCGUCAAUUCCUUGAUCAAGCCGAGCCGCGCCGCGCGCGUAUGGCGUUGGAGGCCGUGGUGUUCUCGAAAGGGUUCUUUGGGCGCUGCGCCAUGGCUGCCGAAGGAGUAGGAGGAGGCGGUGGAGUUUGGGGCGGGAAUGAGCACGGGCACGGCGGUGGCGUGGAGUUGGACGGAAGCAACGCCCACUGCGGCGCCGCGGUUGCGAGCGCCUCCGUGAUGAUCCCGAGCGCCGAAGUCCCGGAAGGCAGUUCCUCCUUGCUGGCGCUGCCGCCGCCGGGGCACGGCGGUGACCGUGGAGACGCGGACGACGGUGCCGUGGGCGCGGCGUCGGCGUCAGGUGCGGCAGGGAGGAGGAAGCGGCGAAGAGCCAGGAGCGUAAAGAACAUUGAGGAGGCGGAGAGCCAGCGGAUGACCCACAUCACCGUCGAGCGCAACCGCCGCAAGCAGAUGAACGAGUACCUUGGCGUGCUCCGGUCCCUCAUGCCGGCUUCCUAUGUGCACAGGGGCGACCAGGCAUCCAUAAUUGGCGGCGCGAUCAACUACGUCAAGGAGCUGGAGCAGCUAGUUCAAUCCCUGGAGGCGCACCGGCACGCCCGCCUACGCGACGACUGCCCCGUCAGCGGCGACGUCGAUUCCGCCGCCGCAGUGCCCUUUGUAGACUUCUUCACCUUCCCGCAGUACACGAUGAGCGUCCGCCACGCCCCGGCCACACCAGCAGCAGACGCCUCUGCGGACGGCAGCGGCGGCAAUGCCGACAACGACGGGACGUCGGGCUCGAAGCAGUCGGCCGUGGCGGACAUCGAGGUGACCAUCGUGGAGAGCCACGCGAGCCUGAAGGUGCUGUCGCGGCGGCGGCCUAGGCAGCUGCUGAGGAUCGUGGCGGGGCUGCAGGGCCACCGGCUCGCCGUGCUGCACCUCAACGCCACCAGCGCCGGCCACAUGGCGCUCUACUGCCUCAGCCUCAAGGUGGAAGACGACUGCCGGCUCUCGUCGGUGGACGACAUCGCGGCGGCCGUCCACCGUAUCGUCGAGACGAUCGAGCGUGAGGAGGAGGAGGAGGAGCGGCGGCGGCAGCAGCAGCAGAGCUGUACGUAGGUAGCUAGGCAUUGGCAUGUUAACAGUUCACGAGCUGCUCCUAAUUACGACUAGUAAACAAGAUCUAGAAGUACUUGCAGACUGGUAGGCUCUGCAGCUUGAUAGCUCUCUAUGUAAUUGUAAUGUACCUUUAUGUACUCUCUGCCUA